CUUCUACCGUGGUUGGGGCGCUCGGGGCUCGCGGCUGCACCAUGGACAUUAACCAGCCCAAGCAGGAGCACCUGCUGGCCUUGAAAGGUCCCGUUUCCCACUGAUCUUUGCAGCAUGAGGCAAGGAAAUUCUUGUAAAUAAGAUGUUUCAAUCUAUACUUAUGAAUCCUCAUCAAGAGACUAUUCUUGUAAUUAAGAAUAACUGGAUUGCUACUGCACAAGCAUGGAAGUGGUCUUACAUUAUCGACCACAUCAGAGAGAUCUGACAGAACUGCACAAAUUUGCAGAAGCGGCAGUGAAGGAGCUUCCCAUUCGUCAGUUACCAAGAUUCACACCCUGGUUUCCAAAUGAUUUGUACAGACUUCCGCUCAAACCCAAAAAGCAACCACCUGUUGUUUCUUCUGAAGAAGCAGAAGAAUUGAAACAACUUACUACACCUUCAGAAUGUAUUGUAGAAUCUCCUAGUUAUGACUGCACAAAAAAUCUCCUUGAAUUUCGGUCUGAUAUGAAUCACGGGCAGACUUUAACCCACACACAAAAUGGCCGCAGGCAAAUUAACUUGGAAAAUCAAGGAGAACCACCAUCUAAUGAGAAACAGAAAUUGAAAAGGUCUUGGAGUGUCUCUCUCUGUAGCCCUAAGCUUAAAGAAAAGAUUCUUCCUCUAUCUCAAGAACUUCAAAACAAUUUGGAAAGACUUAAAUUGCAUGCAUUUUAUAGAGCAAAGUGGACAAUUGAGCAGUCUAAUUGUAAUAACCAGAACUUGGAGGACAUCUGGAUAAAAUUGAAUAGACUGAUCAAGCAGAACGAAUUGCCAUCUUGCAAUGCUACUAUCCAAAGAUCUUUGGGACAGAUAUGGAUUUUCUGUGAUAUACUAUACUGUGAAUAUAUUAGAAAUAUUCUUAGGGAAAAGCUGAGCCUUACUGAUAAAAUGAAUUUGCUUGUACAUAAAUUUGGAAUUAUAUUUAGUUUGUGAUUGUAACAUAGUUUUGUAACAAUAUUGUUGUCUGAAGUAGUUUCUGGUUAGCUUAGUUUUUAAGGAGCUUAAAAUACACAAACUUCAGAACAGCUGAUGAAUUAAUUAAGAGAAAAUAACUGUUACUUUACUACAGUUUUCAAGUUGUAGUAGUGUAUUUAAGUUUAUUUUGUUGGGAAAAUUGUGAAUGGGUCAAUGAAGAUUAAUACAUUUGCCUCUCACAUUCACUUAUAACAUGCAUUUGUUUGAUUUAGUACAGUAUUGUAUUUUUUCUCUUGUCCUUUGUCUAAAGGAAAAAAUAAUACUUCUGCACUUAAUUUCUCCAGGAUAUUCCCUUUGGAAUUUUGCUUGCUUUUCUUCAUAUAAUAAUGUUUGAAUAAUAAUAGUUUAUUGUGGACAUUGUAUACCUCUUUGUAGUUUAAAACGAAGGAUAUUGAACAUUGACAUGCAUUUUUAAACUUUGGCUGAAAGCAGAAUGUUCUGUAUUAUUAUUUGGUGUAUUUGUGGGAUUUAAUAUUACUGCUUAGCAAAACUGAUAUGACAGAUAACUAGUUGUUGCUAUUAGUAGUAGAGCUUAUGUAGCCAAUUUACAUCAGUGAAAUUACUUCUCUGAUCUUAAAGAUAGUAGUAAUGAAGUUACUUUGUACUGUCAGAAUUUUUAGAGAUACAAUGUAGUAAGAUGCAGAAUGUUUUAUUAAGUGUUAGAAUCUGAGGAAAAAAGCAAGAGAUAAUCUGUAAUACUACAAGAACAGAAUACUUUAGUAGUCUCAUUAAAUACAAUAAUCUACAUAUCUUGAUUUGUGCAUUUUGACUUCACUCCAUGGUGUUUAUUUUUUAAUUUUAUUACUGUUAUCUUUAUUUUAAACUUGAGCUGUAACUCUUCCAUGAUAAGUAGUCUGUUCUAGUUAAUAAGCUUAUUGUAGAUUUGAAGGCAAUUAGGUAAUUGUCUAUAAUACAACCCCACUAUAUUCUUUAAAUAAACUUAGGACUUAACUAAGAAAACAUUCCUUGGUGGUAGAAAGGCUUUGCAAAGAGAUCAUGACAAAUGAGAGUGCUGGGCACUCACCAAGUGCCUGAGUUGUAAUGAGCAAGUGCCAGUUUCUGUGCCUGGAGCAUACAGAAUUGUGGAUGAGCAGCCCCCAUAGAAAGGGGUUGUGCGUUGUGGCUGAUGGCGAGUUAAACCAUGAGGCAGCAGUUUGCCCUGACAGCCAGGAGUGGCAUCCAUGUCCUGGUGUGCAGUAGGCUCAGCACUGCCUGUGGGUGAGGGAGGGGUUGUCCUUUCUGUUCCGCACUGUGCAGCCUCACCUCCAGAUCUGGGUGUGGUUUUCGCGCCACAAUAUAUGGAGGACUUAAACCUAUUGGAGAGUGUCCAUGGAGGACUAUGAAGAUGGUAAAGGGACUGGAGGGCAGGGGGUAUGAGGAGUGUCUGACGCCCCUGAGCGUGCUCAGUGCAGAGCAGAAGAGCGGAGGGGAGGCCUGAUGGCAGCUGCAGCUCCUCACAGGUAGC